ACACACACACACAUAUAUACACUGUGAUCAAUCCUCCUCUUUUAGGGAUCCAAGAAUCACACCAUAAUUUUAAUGACUGCUUGAGAAGAUCACGAUGAAAGUUGUUGCUUUCAAGAUUCUGCUGGUUGUUCCAAUAGACUAAAGAAGGCCAAUCUAGACUAUUUUGAGAUUGGAAAUAAUCCUAAGCUUUUCUGACAUUUGCUAUAUUUGGCAACAAAGUGGUGUGUCAAUGCCACUGAAUUUACCAGUUAACACUUAACAAUCAAAAUAACCACAGAACUGAAGAGCUGAAUUCCAAGACAUUAUACAUAACACGCCCGCAGAGUCGGAGAGCUGUGGUGCUCGGGGAGUAAGGGCUCUGUCUCUGUGCACCAGUUACAGCAAGUAGGUGAGGUGAUGGUUGGGGACGGCUACAGCUGGCUCUGGAAUAAUCCUGUCACACGGGAGGUGGCCCGGUGUCCCAAGAGAUUCGGCGACCUGGUGUGGGGCAAUAAUCAUCACUGGGGUGGUGGUCAUCAGGUGGUAAAGCAGGUGUCUGAGAAAGUCCCUGAAGUUCCUGUCAACAUGCUUAACAUCCCCUCAUAUGCACGCUGGUUUGUACGCCUUGCUGGUAUCUCAGGUGCCUCAGCUGUUGCUCUUGGGGCAUAUGGUGCCCAUGUGUUUUAUCGGCGAGACUACCCAGAGGAACUAAAGCAAGUGUAUGAGACUGCCAACAGAUACCACUUCUUACACACGCUAGCACUGCUUGGUGUACCUCUCUGCCGACGUCCCAAACUGGCUGGUACACUUAUAGUCACUGGAACAGCCAUUUUCUGUGGCACUUGUUACUUUUAUGCAAUGACGGGGUCCAAAAACAUCAGACAGUACACACCUUAUGGAGGAAUGUUGCUGAUUGCAGGCUGGCUGGCCAUGGUUCUUUAAUUGUACUACAUGCAUGUGAAAGGAAUUCAUGAAACAGAUGAACAAAUUGAACAGAAACCAGUUAGACAAGUGAAGAAGCAUAUUUUGGUAUUCUGAUGAAAGUUAGGUAUGUUUCAUACUGGAAUCUCUAUUGGUAUUCAUCACCAUCUUAUGUUAAUGUGAAUUCCUAUUUAAUAGUAAUAUUGUGAAAAUAUAUACCUUGGUUGCAUUGCAUAAGUGAAAUGGAUGUAAAUCAUGAAUACAGGCUGUGUACAUGAUCAUUGUAGUGAUAUAUAAAAACAUAUAAAGUCAGCUUAAAGCAAUGAUAUUUACCAGCAUAUAGUGGUUAAUAUUUUAUUAAAUGUCAAAUAUGCUUGUCAAAAUUUAUCUUCAAAUUUUCAAACAAUUUAAAAUAUUGAGGAGAAAAUAUUGAAGCCUCAUGAUAACCUGCAAUACGUGACAAUAGCUUUUCUUGGGAUCAUUUUGAUUCCCUGCAUAAGGAUGACUUUUACCUCUGCUUGAUUUUCUGCCUUCUUAGCUUAACUGAUGCCUUCCAGUGACUGAAUAUGGUGGUGAAGUAUAUUGUCUGCAUCUAGCAGAAUUAGGUAAAAACAUGAAGUUUAAGGGCAGAUAGAGAAUAGAAAGUUAGAUAUCAGCCUAAAAAAAGUUCAUGUUUCAUAGCUUAUGAAACAGGAGGUUUACUGUAAGGGCAUCUUUAGAGUAAAUUUGUUUAUUUUUAUGGAGGUUGUUGAAAUGUACAUUAUGAUUUAUAAAAUUUUUGCAAAUGUAUUGAAUGUAUUGAAGGUGGAUGCAUUAAAAUUAUAUAUUAAUUUUGAAAAAAAAAAA